AUGCUGUCGGCUUCGCGUCGCGCCUCUGAAGGGGUGACGUCGUCACCGCCGGGCGGAAUUAUCGUCACGGACUCGAAUUUGAAUCCAAUACUGCAGAUGGUUACUUGGUUGCUCUUCGCAUUAACUUCGCUUAUGCUUUGCUUUCGCUUCCUCACGAAAUUCUUUCUGAAGACAAACCAGCGGUUCGGAUGGGAGGAGGUGCUUAUUACUUCUGCAUUUCUUGCUGGCUUGGGCGAGUCUGUGACAUUCCUUGUCCCUGAAGGCGAAAUCCUAGGCAAGGCACGAAACAGUAUCUCCGACGAAGAACUAACGGCAGGUCUUAAAGUUCAAUAUGCUGGAGAACUGCUUUACAUUAUUGCUGUUGGACUUGCGAAAUUGUCGGUCUGCGCGGGGUUUACUUCUCUUUCGCCUGAUACAGGACAUCGUCGCCUCACAUUCGUCUUUGUCGUCGCCGUUAUUGCUUGGCUGCUAGUAGCUUUCAUUGGUACCGCUUUUCAAUGUGGGGCCCAUGGGCCAUGGCAAACUGGAGAAGACGUCAAGUGUCUCGACAAGUAUACGUUCUUGGAAUAUGCAAACAUCACAAACAUUCUGACAGAUGCCGCUUUAAUUGCUCUUCCGGCAUGGGUCAUACAUCCACUUAAAUUAACGAUCAGAACGAGAAUCACUGUUCUUAGCUUUUUUUCCGUGAGAAUAUUUGCUAUUAUAGCUACGAUUUUCCAGCUCAUCUAUCUUCCUCGUCUCCGCGAAUACGAUUUCACGUUGCGAGGCUUUCCAUAUUAUCUUAGCAUGCAGUUCGUUCAAUUCGCAAGCAUAUCGGCAGCUUGUGCAGCAUACUUUUGGCCAUUCCUUCGAUCGUUACGUAGUGGGCUUAUAUCGGCCGACAACAGAGCUUUCACGUCCGAUUACGCGUUAUCCAAAUUACGAGGCGCGGCUCGUAACAAUCCGAACAUGGAUCUAUCAUCCGGCGACGAGUCGAAGAACCGAGAUCGAAGCAACUUUAUAAAGAUAACUACCGAUAAUACCGUAACUACAAGCCUGAGAGGACAAGGGUCGGGGAAGGAUGAACUUCUUGGAACUGAAAGAUAUAUGAAAGAUUGGUGA